UCUAAACAUAAAGAGCAUAUUUGAAUUGUAGAACUAUUUCAAUGCAACUACCAAAUACACUGAUGGUGUGGUAGAAUAUGUAUAACAAUAAUAAUUUGGAAUUUGUUGUCAGAUUUAAUCAUAUCUUAAAAUCAUAUUACUGCAUUACUAUACUAUAUAUUUUGCUGUAUUUGUAUUGCCUACAGGACGAUUUUUUAUGUUGGUUGUAUACCUUCAUAAUCCAUCAUUAAACACUAACUUACUAAGUUCAUCGAUAGAUAGAUAGAUAGAUAGAUAGAUAGAUAGAUAGAUAGAUAGAUAGAUAGAUAGAUAGAUAGAUAGAUAGAUAGAUUAAAUGAUAACUGGCAUUGAGGAAAACACAGACUAUUGUUGAAGCAGGUGGACUCUUUUAGCCGUCUGUUCCACCCGAACGUUUUUCAAGGUGACACAAAACAAUCGCAACAGUGCAUAGAUGUACUGUAGGGAGAACUUAAUGGCCAGGCCUCCAUGUUAAAACCAGUUAGACAGUAAUUUAUCCACGAUCGGUGUUUGUAUAUGGCAGACAUUAAUACGAGCUUCGCCUGCAACAAGCUAACGUUGAUCGUUUGGUCGUAGGUAAAGCUCGCGACAGACGUCAUUGUGUCGCAGCUAACGUAAAGUUAGCUAGAAUGCUAACAUGAUGUUCAACCCAUUAGCCGGGUUACCAGAUGACAGAAAAUCCAUGUACAGUCAGUCACAAAAUAGCGUGUACAAAACUGGCGAUAAAACAAGCCCUAUUAGCGUCAUACUGGUUAGCUCUGGCAGCCGAGGGAACAAGCUACUUUUUCGAUACCCUUUCCAAAGAGUGGCUGAAUGUCCGUCAUCUCUUACAGCAAAACAGCGAAGUCCAUAUGCACUGAACACAACCGGGGAUGGCCUUGAAGAUCAGGAUGGUGAUUCAAGAGAACAAUCUCCACUAACUGACGAACAGUUGGUAGCAGGGUUCUCUGACAUCAUCCUCGCCACCAUCCUGGCCACCAAAUCUGAUAUUUGUGGAAAGAAGUUUGAAUUGAAGAUAGACAAUGUUCGAUUUGUGGGUCACCCUACUCUCCUUCAGCAUCCUCCCAUCAUUCAGGUUUCUAAGACAGAUCCUUCCCCUAAGAGAGAAAUGCCUACGAUGAUCUUGUUUAAUGUGGUGUUUGCACUAAGGGCGAAUGCUGACCCGUCCGUCAUCAGCUGCAUGCACAACUUGUCACGCCGCAUCGCAAUAGCCCUGCAGCAUGAGGAGCGGCGCUGCCAGUACCUGACCAGAGAGGCUAAACUGAUGCUGGCCGUCCAAGAUGAGAUUACCACCAUGACUGAGACGGAUGGAAGCCCCCAGUCCCCAUUUAGACAAAUUCUUCCCAAAUGUAAGCUGGCCAGGGACCUGAAGGAGGCUUAUGACAGCCUUUGUACAACUGGUGUGGUGCGACUACAUAUUAACAACUGGCUUGAGGUGAGCUUCUGUUUACCACACAAGAUCCACCGGAUUGGUGGCAACUAUAUCCCCCCAGAGGCAUUAGAGCGCAGUCUUAAGGCUAUAAGACCCUAUCAUGCCCUGCUGCUGCUGGAAAGUGAGAAGGCAUUGCUGAGCCAGCUUCCUCUGGACUGCUCGCCUGCGAUGGUGCGCCUCAUCAAAACCUGCUCAGCAGUGAAAAACCUGCAGCAACUCGCACAGGAUGCUGAUCUGGCCUUACUUCAGAUUUUUCAAAUUGCUGCUCACUUGGUUUACUGGGGCAAAGCGAUCAUCAUCUACCCACUGUGUGAGAACAACGUCUACAUGCUGUCUCCUCAUGCCAACAUCUGCCUAUACUCACCGUUGGCUGAGCGGUUUGCCCAGCAGUUUCCUGGUCAUGAUCUGCCCUCCAUGUUAGCAAAGUUUUCACUGCCUGUGUCACUGGCCGAGUUCAGAAACCCCCUGGAAGCUCCUGCACAGGAGGCCCAGCUGAUCCAGAUGGUGGUGUGGAUGCUCCAGUGCCGCCUGCUGAUCCAACUGCACACUUACGUCUGCCUGUUGGUACCGCCCAGCGAGGAUGAGCCUGGGUUGAGGGAUGAAGACCCUCCACUGGCGGCCCGAGUAGGAGGCCGCAGUCUCAGCACCCCUAGCGCUCUCAGCUUCGGUUCCCCAACCAGCAGUGAUGACAUGACCCUCACCAGUCCCAGUAUGGACAAUUCUAGUGCAGAGUUACUCCCUGGUGGAGACUCUCCGCUCAACAAGAGGAUGACAGAGACGCUGCUUGCCAGCUUGUCAGAGCACGAGAGGCAGGUUAUUCUUAACAUCCCUGCUGCACAAAAUCCAGAGGAUCUACGGAUGUUUGCCAGGCUGCUUCACUAUUUCCGGGGACAUCACCACCUGGAAGAGAUUAUGUACAAUGAGAACAUGAGGCGCUCACAGCUCAAGACACUGUUUGACAAGUUCCGCAGUGUCCUUGUGGUGACCAACCAUGAGGAUCCCAUUAUUUCAAUCUUUCAGUCACCCACAGAGUAGUGGCACAGAGACAGUAUCAGCUCUCACCAACUGAAAAAUAUGUCAGUUUGAGAGCAGUUAAUAGCCUGCUGUGCUCACAGUUAAGUGCUAUUGCUCAACAACGUUGUUUUAAAUUGAACUGACACAAUGAUUGCAUUAAUGUGUGCAGAUUUACAAAAUGUAGAAAGUGUUUUUUCCUUUAUGAGCCAAUGUUUGUUUACAAUAUUAAAUUAUUUUGUACAUACCAGAAA